AUGCCGAUUUUAGUAAAGUCACGCUCGAAGGGAUUGAAGGACGUGAGCAUUGCCUCUGCGGAUAGCCUGGAGUCAGUAUUGGCGGAAGUGUCUAAGGCUAAUAAAAGUAUCAGCACUAAUCGCUUGAGAUUGACCUACCAGAAGGAAAAUAAACAAAUUCCCAUCCAGUCUUCUAGUUUUUUCAAGGAACAUAAUGAAGAGACACUAUAUUUCAAAGAUCUGGGGCCUCAAAUUUCCUGGAGGCUAGUUUUCGUCGUCGAAUAUUUUGGUCCUAUCUUGGUCCAUAGUCUCCUAUACGCUCUUUCUCGGUCACCGGAGUAUGCUUAUCUGCACUCUUCCUCAGUUAAUUACGAUCCUCAACUGAGCCGCUUACUAUAUCUCUUAAUCAUUGGACACUAUUUGAAACGUGAAUUUGAGACUUUCUUUGUCCAUUCCUUCUCGCAUUCAACGAUGCCAUUGUUCAAUCUCUUCAAAAACUCUUUUCACUACUGGGUAUUAAAUGGAAUGAUAGCAUUGAGUUAUUUUGGCUAUGGGUUCUUGUUGCCAGUCGAUAAGUUCGCUGAUAGCUAUGUCAAAUAUAGGAAUAACAUGGUUGGAUUUUUUAUCACUUCUGAGAUCUGGAAUUUAUACUCUCACGUCCAGCUCCGUAGAUGGGGUGACGCUCAAAAAGCCAGGGGCGUUACUGCUAGAGUGCCAAUCAACGAUGGGAUCUUUAAAUAUUUUGUUUCCCCCAACUACACGUUUGAAGUCUGGGCUUGGAUAUGCUUCACAGUCAUCUCGAAGCUAAAUGUAUUUUCAGUUAUCUUCCUAGUUGUUUCAUCAGUACAAAUGUACAUAUGGGCUCAGAAGAAGAACAAGAACUAUGGCACUAAAAGAGCGUUUUUAAUUCCUUACAUUCUCUAA